GCCCGCUGUCACCAGAGAACACGCAGGGCAAUGAUGGCGGCUUUCAGUGUGGCUCGAAGCAGCUGCGGACUAAUAAACGGGUUGAGGAUAUCUUACAGGAGUUUAGCGCCAGUAAAACAUGGCGCAGUCGCUGCCGCAGUGCCGCAGACGAACCUGCUACGGGACUGCCGCUGGUAUUCCGUCAGCCACCUCUCCGUAAAGGAGAGGAUUGACAAGAAACGGAAGGCGGCGCUAGUCGGGGGAGGUCAGAAGAGAAUAGAUGCACAACACAAAAGGGGUAAGCUGACAGCCAGGGAGCGAGUGGAGCUCCUGCUGGACCCCGAGUCCUUUGUGGAGUCGGACAUGUUCGUUGAGCAUCGCUGCUCUGACUUCAACAUGGAGCAGGAUAGAAACAAGUUCCCGGGUGACAGCGUUGUGACAGGCCGAGGCAGGAUCAAUGGCAGGCUGGUUUAUGUAUUCAGUCAGGACUUCACAGUGUUUGGCGGCAGUCUGUCUGGAGCUCAUGCACAGAAGAUCUGUAAGAUUAUGGAUCAGGCCAUGACAGUUGGAGCCCCGGUCAUUGGGUUGAACGACUCUGGAGGAGCUCGCAUCCAGGAAGGAGUGGAGUCACUGGCUGGAUAUGCAGAUAUAUUUCUGAGGAACGUGUUGGCUUCAGGAGUUGUCCCUCAGAUAUCCCUCAUCAUGGGUCCAUGUGCAGGGGGAGCUGUGUACUCGCCCGCCCUGACAGAUUUUACCUUCAUGGUUAAGGACACAUCAUACCUGUUCAUCACAGGACCUGAUGUUGUGAAGUCUGUCACCAAUGAAGACGUGACUCAGGAGGAGCUCGGUGGAGCCAAAACGCACACCACCGUGUCUGGAGUGGCUCACCAUGCAUUUGAGAAUGACGUCGAAGCCUUGCUCCACCUGCGAGAAUUCUUCAACUUCCUGCCGCUGAGCAAUCAGGAUCCCGCCCCCAUCAGGGAGUGCCAUGACCCUAGCGAUCGUCUGGUACCUUCAUUGGACACCAUCGUCCCGUUUGAGACGACUAAAGCCUAUGACAUGUUGGACAUCAUUCAAACAAUAGUGGAUGAGAGGGACUUCUUUGAGAUCAUGCCCAGCUACGCCAAAAACAUUGUGGUUGGAUUUGCUCGCAUGAACGGACGCACUGUAGGCAUCGUGGGUAACCAGCCCAAAGUGGCUUCUGGUUGUUUGGACAUCAACUCCUCAGUGAAGGGAGCCCGCUUUGUACGCUUCUGUGAUGCUUUCAAUAUUCCCAUCAUCACCUUUGUGGAUGUGCCGGGCUUCCUGCCAGGUACUGCUCAGGAGUAUGGAGGCAUUAUCAGACACGGAGCCAAACUGCUUUUUGCCUUCGCAGAGGCCACUGUCCCGAAGAUAACCAUUAUCACCAGAAAGGCUUACGGAGGAGCCUAUGACGUAAUGAGCUCCAAACACUUGAGAGGAGAUGUGAACUACGCCUGGCCCUCAGCUGAGGUUGCCGUCAUGGGUGCCAAGGGUGCUGUUCAGAUUAUCUUCAGAGGAAAGGAGAACCAGGCUGAGGCCGAGGCUGAAUACGUGGAAAAAUUCGCCAACCCCUUCCCCGCUGCUGUCAGAGGUUUUGUGGAUGACAUCAUAGAGCCGUCGAGCACUCGCAAGAAGAUCUGCAGAGAUCUAGAGGUGUUGGCCAGCAAGAAGCAGAUCAACCCCUGGAAGAAACACGCCAACAUUCCUCUGUGAAGCAGCACACCCAAACUGUUACUACAUUAACACUAUUUAAAGGCACUGUGGGAUUUUCUUCAUAUUGUCUUUGCAUUCAAACUGCAGUGGUACCAUGUGAUGACGACUUGCCUGCCAAGCACACUUCUGUUGUCAUAUUUAACUGUCAUUCACCACUCCGCUGAAAGAAGUAAAGAACGCCCUGAUUUUGUAAGUGCUUAAUAGCAGUCCCAAAUUUAUAUUUAAUAUAUAAACUAUUUUAAAACAUCAGCCUCCAGCUGUGACUGGAUUUGGGGGAACUAUUGGUGCUCUGUAAACCAAAUCAGCAUGUGUAUCUUUACAUUUUUAUCACUAAUAUGCAAGCUAUUAAUAGGAAAAUUCUAACACAUUCUACAGUACCUGAAUGGAAUAAUACAUUGGUCACACAUUUUAAGGUAAUCGUCAUGGCAGUGGGGACCAUAUUGGUCACUGUUGUUGGUCUGAUGUGAUGUUCUGAAAACAGAAUUGUAUCUGAAAGGGCAGACUGAAUGCAAUUUAAGAAAACACAAGCAAUUGUCAACAAGAUAGUUGUAGUGGAAAAUGCAAACAUGCUGUCUGUUGUCAUGUAAUGUUUCCAUAGUUGUCAACGUACUGUAUUUAGUUCUUUAGGUUUCUGGUGUGUACAGCAGUAGUUUGCGCUUUCAUACGCACUCCGUGUUUCAUGUCCUACAUUUAGUCAUCCUUACAAUCUGGAACUGUGCCUUUUCUCUGAGGCAGGCUCUGCCCUGCCAUUUGUAAAAUAAAUCAUUGGACUUAAUACAGUUA